CCCCUGAAAAAAAAUCGUUCACAUUUAAAUUAUUAAGUUGUGUCCCCUCCCCCCACCCAAUAUAAAACGUCUACUCCCCUGUCUGUCUGUUCCUCCAAAUCCGAAUUUUGUCACGUAUCUUCUUUUCUAUCACAUUUUCCUAAUACAUUUUAGUUACUCCCUCGGGCGUUUUCUGACCCCGACUAAAUGUUACAUAUCAUCAUUUCUUCUCGUUUUCUUCUGUUAUUAGUAGCCAUUGAAAAAGUGGAGACGUAUUUGCUGGUGUUACAUGCGUUAAUAACCUUGCCCUUUAACACUACGUAGGCGAAGGAAGUGCCUAAGCAAGAUUUUUAUCUUUUAAAAGCCACGAAGCCCUGAAACGUCUGGAUGUUUUGCCAAAAACCUGGUCACUGGAAGUUAUUGAGAAGUUGUGCUUUUUUCAUUUUAUGUUUAACUUCAAGGUUAAAACAAAAAUAUUAUUGAUAACAAUGCUGUUUGUCAUUGUUCUCAUUAUUAUUGUUGUUGUCUAUUAUAUAUUAUGACAUAUUUUACAUUUUAUCUGCCCCUCAUGGUCCUGAUCAGGAUGAAAAAUGGAUGGAUUAUUAAAACAAUGAGAGGUUAUUGUAGUCAACAGGAUUUAAUAGUUUACGAACUGGGAAAUGUAGGAGGUGGAAUACCAUUUAAUGCUUGAGAAGGGUCAUUUCAAAACGUUUGAUUUAUACAUGGAAGAGGAGAUACCUUUAUACAGGAGGAUGCGGGGUUUAGAUAAAGCUAUGGGGAGCUGUCUGUCUGCAACAUUGUAAAUUAAUGGCAAUGAUACGACACCAGCUAGAGAGGAGUUGUAAUAGUCCGGAUCUUAAAUACUUUGGCAUGGUGAGAACUGGUGUGUGGAAGUUCAUUAAGGGUCACUCAUCACUAUUAGGACGUUUGACAUUUAAGCAGAACAGGAGGGUUGGGGCAGGUCCAUUUAAUACCAUUUAAACCCAACUGUGCUGUCAGACUGUUCCUUUGGACUUUUGGUUGAAUUGAAUGGGCCUUGCUAUGAUUACCUUUGGAUGGGUUGGCGCCCCAUCAUGGGUUGUUCCCCACCUUGCGCCCAUAGCCACCAGGAUAGGCUCUGGAUCCCUGGCAACCAUGAAUAGGAUAAGUUGAUUCAGAUAUUUGAUGGAUGGACGGACAGAUGGAUGGAUGGAUGGAUAAUUACAUUUGAUUGUUACUACCCCACCCCAAAGUCUUUCUGCCUUUUCCGCGAUGACUGUCUUCUCCUGCAGUCAGAAGACUCGGAGCCUCUCAGGGUGUGAUGGUGGGAUUGUGUGAGAACGUUGUGAUUUACGCUGCUUUGAGCUCUGUGUCUCUCAGCGGAUGGGUCCCCGAUGCCUUAAUUAGCAAAGCGGUUCACUGGAAAUGGAUGGAUACUAUUGCUUACGAUUGUAUUUAUCAUGGAGAGAUUUCGGUUUCAGAAGUGCAGUGCGAGUCACCUCUGGUGCCUGGCUCUCUGAGUGUGUAAUCUAUAUGCUGUGAUGUGUGACAAACCCUUUGAGUACCUUGUAGCUAUUCGUCACACACUGUCAUGCAGUGACACUUAGACCCACGCAGGCAGCUGGUAACUGAUGGACUGGAAGAAGCCUCCUCAGCAAGGUUUAUGCUCCCGCCGACCCAGACCUACAAGCUCUCUUUCGUUUUUCCUACAGAAAAAUACUGGUUAUGUUCUUAUGCUCUAAUAUUCUGAGGCUCAGCUGGCCGAUACCUUGACUUGGGCGGUUUAUCUGUAGGACCUGUGAUAAGUGUCUUUUCUGACAGCAUCAAGAACUUCAGCACAAAUCAUUCAAAUACAUAGACACACAGACCAAAGGUUAAAAACAGCCGUUUCAGUAGGGCUCAAUAAUGUUUUCAUCAUAGAAAAAAUGCACAAAGGUCAUUCAAAUUUGUCUACUAUAUCUUAAUUCUACUGUGGUUAUUAUGGGGUCCAAAGACUAAGAAUGAGUCGUGUGCAAGAAUGAGUGCAAUAUUAAGACUUGUCAUUAUUGCCGAAAAUGUUACAGCCUCUUCUUAGUAAUUCAGGAUAGCACUGAUUCUUCUUGAUUCAGAGGAUUGUUCAAUUGUUAGCAUAGACCAUAUAUAGUUAUGUUAAUUUAAUUAUCUAUCCAGCCAACUGCUUUUGUUAGUCAGGGUUUCUUUGAGGAAUUAAAAGCAAAUAAGAUGAGCAUAACUAAUACUCUUUCUAAGAACACUGAAUAUGCUGUUGCGUAGUGUAAUGCUGUUACGUGAAUAUGCUGUUACGUAGUAUAAUGCUGUUACGUGAAUAUGCUGUUACAUGUAUGGAUAACAUUGAUGAUAGUUUUUCAAAAAUUAGUCAUUUUUUUAUGUUGUAGUAAUAAAAUUAAUAUACAAUGUGUAUUUUAAACUUAUAUUACACAUCAUUCUCAGUGUGAAGAGGUCAGUUGCUGUUACAAAACUUAUCACGAGACAAAAAAUGUUUUGGCAGCUAAGCAGGGAUUAUCCUUGUAUUAAUUCACUUUCUCUGGAUUGCAAAUCCAUGAAACGCUGCGACAGGAAAUUCUCAGUGCUGCAAGUCUGACUUCGCUGUUGUGUAAAUAAUGUUACCAGUGCAUUCUGGCAUUUGUCAUUACAAACUAUUAUGUCACUUCCCACUUAGCGGAUGGAAGUGUGUUUUUGAACCGGAUGAACGUUCCUGUAGUUGGAUUUGUGUGAGAAAUUAAUAUGGAGAUAUUUAUUAGGAUAUUAAUUGGUUGCACUGUGCAACUCACACAGGAAAGAGAGGAGCUGAGAACUACAAAAAAAUGUUAUAAUUUUCUUAGCUUAAAAAAUGCUGGUAAAAUAAUAUAUUUUGCGAUUACUCUAAACCAGGGGUCCCUGACCAUAUUUUCCCCAGUGGGCCGAAUUCCAAAUUCCAUUACCAACACAAAGCUGGAGGGGAUUCACAAUGAUGAAAUUAAGUGGAGGUGGAGGGGUUCAUUGAAUUUCGGUGUGAAUGCCCUAGUUGGUGACCACUGCCCCAAACAGAACAUGUUAUUUAAUUUAGUCUGUUCCCUAGUUCAAGAGCUGCCAAGCCGAAAAUGUUAUUAGUGAUGAUGUCAAGACUGACUGAUAAUGAGGAUGGCAUUGUGGCUAGGAAGGUAUCACUGUGGCUAGGAAGGUAUCACUGUGGCUGGGAAGGUAUCACUGUGGCUAGGAAGGUAUCACUGUGGCUUGGAUGGUAUCACUGUAGCUUCUCAUCUGCAGGAUUGUGACACGUUCCUCUGUUUCCUUCUCCAGUCCAAAAACAUCUGACACCUAGACUUGGUGUCUCCUUAGUUUACCCUGUGACGGACUGGUACCCCUGUACUGGAUAAUUGGCAUGGAAGAUUCUAACUGCAGGGGUAAAAGUCAAGUCACCUGACUUACCAGACAUAUAACUAGUGAUAGGAUCAGCCUGAUUUAAGAUCAAAUCAUCUCCAUCUUGAUUUGUAUCCAGUGUUCUCUGUGUACCUGUCUUUCAAAUGCUGUUUUAAAUGUUUUAAAAAAUUGACCAAUGGAGAAACAAGAAUAUCUGUGCAGUAGCGAUGUUCUCAUUCACUUGUGACACUGUGUGUUUAUCACAAAUUAAUAUUUAUGCAUGGCUGCCAUUCAAGUUGGACUCUCAUACAAACUAUCCAGUCAAUGAAGUGGGUCUGUGAGUCAUUGGGAGCUUAUCUGCGUGGCUCUCGGUUGCCGUUUCAGGUUUCGGGGGCUGUGUGGACAUCGUCGUGGAUGGCGUCUCGCUGCUGGACAAGGCCGGGGUCCUGCCCAGUGACCAGCCGCUCCACCACGACUUCAUCGAGAACGGCGAGCAGCUGGCCCAGAGCUUUGCUUAUUUCUUCCCCCCCGGGGCAGCGAGCGAGUGAGUGCGCUCCAGUGUGGCACAGCUCAUGCACGCCUUGUAGAAUCGCUUAUAAUUUCUAUAUUUGUGCCCUCAGGGGUGAUCGUAGGAUUUUUCUGUGGCGGAGGCCCUAAAAGGAGCCAUUCAGUGGGGCCAACAAGUAGAAAGACACCAUUAACGUCCCAAGAACAUUGAUGCUAAAUUUUGAAAAGCAUUUAAAAAUAUUUGUUGAAAGUCUUUUUCAGAUGACAAAAAUUUUCUCUCUCCGUCCCUGCAAAUUAUAGGUUUGUUAAACCCUCAGAAAGGAUACAGCGUUUACAGAGGCAGCUGGGUUUGGCAGCAGAAUUAGCAAAAAUACAAUGUGAAGUUUGAGUAAAGUGUAGGUUUCUUCUUUGACAUGUCGCGUCUCGUGAAUGUAAAGCACCAUGGUACAGUGUGCACGCUUAAGCCAUCGUUCAGCUCUCACCAUUAGAGUUAUAGAUAGUCUCCCAUUCUUGCUUCCCUAAGCUGACCAUACUGGGGUUAAUUCAAACCUAAGCCAGGUUUACUUGGGAACAACAAUGACUUAUUAUGUUUCUGCACCACAUGUCCAAAAGCUUUGUUUGGCUUUGUAUUUUAUUGUUUUCAGAUGCUCCAUGGAAGGAUUUCAUUUCCUUGUAAUAUUUAAGGAAGGAGAGGUUAUAAUAAAGCAUCGCUUUCAUAAAACCCGGUCCUGCUUCAGGCAGUCGUUGUGUCCCAUUUCCAGGAGAUUUGUAGUGAACAGCACCCUCUUCAGCAAGCUGGUGGAGGCUUCCCGGGGGGUGCCUGGUCACCGCUGGUCAGUGGGUGGCAACGCACUGGUAAUGGCUGGCCGGAUGGCGGCGGAGGGCUGCGACGUGCUUCUGGGGGUGAGCGGUAACCGUGACCUCGCCGAUGUCCUUUCUGGGCACGUCACCGUGGCAGGAAACACAGUAGAGGAGCCUGACAUCCACCUCGUCUUGGAGUAUCCCUCAGGGGCCAAGUGGGGCCGUUAUACAUCCAGGCGGGCAAACAGAUACAUCAUCCAUAGUGACAAGCACAACCCGUACCUGGCAUCAAUGGGGCACUUCGAGCAGCAGCUUCGGGGUUUCCAGUCAGACCUGCUGAUUAUUGGCGGCUUGCAGAUGAUGGACAGCUUUCCCUUUAAGGAAGGUGAGCGAGAGGCCCUUCUCAGACGCCUGUCCCAGCUGCUGUCCUCCACAUCCCCGGACACGAGCGUGCAUUUCGAAAUGGCCAGCUUCGUGGACGGGCUCCUCCUGGUAGAGCUGAUGGAGCGGGUUGUCACCCACGCCGACUCCCUGGGCAUGAACGAGCAAGAGCUGCCUAACCUCUUGAGCCACCUGAGGGACGGCAAUGUCACCGUGCUGUCGGACUCCAGCCCCCGCGUGGCCACCGUCCUGGACCAGAUGCGCGAGUUGUACUGGCUGGUAAACGAGCGACGUGGGAAAAAUCCCAGCAGCCGGUCGCUGACUCGGCUGCACGUGCACACGCUGGCCUUUCAGGCCAUCAUCGUGACUCGCGGCUCCCAGUGGAAGAACACCAUGUCGGCCACAGCCAAGGCCUCGCUCACCGCCAACCGGCACGUGUGCGGCUCAGCGGACAUCAACCCCAGCAAGGCCAAGCUCAUCCUGGACGAGUCCUUCUCCGUCAGCCGGAGGCAGGGCAGCCAGCGCAUCCCGCUCCAGGAGACGCGGCCUGUGUCCUGUUGGCACGAGGACGACUACGAGCUGUGCGUGGCCCCCGUUCUGGUGUGCACGGAGGUCCACCAGACCGCUGGGGGGGGGGACAACAUCUCAGCUGCCGGCCUGGUGCUACAGAUCUGACGUGCCGGAGCGUUGGCGGGUCAGAGAUCCACUCAGGAGGUCUCAAGGCAGAACUUCGAACGUCAAGAGAGCAAAGAACAAAGAAUCUUCCCAUCUGAUGUGAAGGCAUUAUUUUCUUGUGAGUUUUUAGUCGUGCAAUAUAUGAAAUGUGAUGAGUCCUGAGUACUCACCAGUUCAUUUUAAUUUCUUUCUCAUAACUGGUCAGUUUCCUCCAUUAUCAUGUCUGACUUAAUACUUUUCCAGUGUCUUUUCAGUGACCUUGACUUUUUUUCACUCAGGCAACAUGUGACAUGUAUUUACUCACAGGCUCUUCGAAAUCAGCAUUAGCCAGAUGCGUAGCAACAGUGUUCUCUAUGGGAAGAAAACUGGAAAGGAUCUUUCUAGCAUCAGCUUAUUCCAUGACUAUUUUUCGCAUUUCUUAUGGUUACUUUUUCUUUAGUUGCUGUGUUUUAGAUGCAGCCGUACAGCUGAAAUCAUGACAAAUCAAGUCAAAGAGCAUUUGUUGUUUUGUUGGCGGUAUCUAGUGCAUUGACUAAAAUUUCAACAUACAGCUGUAAGUUUCUCUAAAGAAGCAUUUAAGGAUAUUUAUGUGUAUUAGGAGUAACAGCAGCACGAACAAGUAAUGUGGAUUAAAACUUGACUUCCUGGAUUUUAGAGCUUCUGAUCUUGAAAUGGAUACAUUUAAUAUUUUUUUUAAUCAUGUUGAAUGUGUCACCUCACACAGUCAUGAGUUUGAAAUUAUGCAGUGGCUAUUCCAUCCAGGAACCCUCACAGUGGGGCGAAGAGUUCUGCUUUACUGGCAUUAUUCACAGUAUGACACAAUAUGGAGUCAAGAUGGCCUCAUAGCGCAGUGACCUCAUAGCGCAGUGACCUCAUAGAGAAACCAAUGAUUCCAGCAAAUGGAAAUGGAUACCAGAGUGACAGUGUUUGUGGAAUAGUGGCUUAGGGCAGAGGAGUGUAGCCGUAUUGCUAACGGAGAAUUCUCAUCUUUUCACCUCCAUGGGUUUCCCACCUCUGGCACACGUGUGGGUGAUGUGUCGCUCAGGGAUUAAUAGCUUUUCCUUUGUCUGGCAGUGUACAGCCCAGAAAUCACAAAGGUUUCUGUCCUGGGAACGGGUCGAUGCAUCUCCAUCUCCUAAAAUUAACAUCUUCAUGGAUAAUAAUGAUGGAUGAUGCAGCUAAUUAACUGUUUACAAAUGGUCAGUCUUUGAAGGUGCUGCUUCAGCUCUGGAAACAGCUCAGUACUCUGAAGGUGAAGUGAAUGUUCACAUAAUGCCUUGUGCCUGCAGGAAUAAAGAGAUGCACAUUCCA